AAAAUUACAAAGCGUGCACAACACUAGGGUGAAUGUGAGAGAAUGAUAAAAUGGUGCAUUCGUCGAUCAAACCGGGCCACACAUCCGAAGCCAGAAAUUAAAUUAACAUCCACCAUUUUGUUUAUUUUCGCGAAAAUAAGUCUUUUCCCGGAUACGUUGUAGAAUAUUCCUGUUUUACCGCUAUACGACAGAGUGAUCUACUUAAUCUGGCAAUGAUUAUAAGAUUAGGAAUGUGCUAUUAGCGUUCCUAUCUAUUAUCGGGCCCUUGUGUUGAAAUUUGCAGACAUCGGCCGCGCCGCUAGUAAACACUCUUUGAAAAUUAACAGCAUAACGUUGAAGACAAGUAAAAACCCAAACACGCAGGGCACCCGAGUUGAUGAGAAAGGUUCGGAUAAUCACCAAGUUCAAAGGGAGCAAUCCCCUAGCGUUAGAGGAAAUAACCAAGAGUAGUGGGCGAGAGUCCCCCGUGGCGCGCCCGGCUAACAUGAACCACACGCCUGCACCGGACAGGCAGCAGCAGCACGACUCUAAUGUGAACCAGGUGGAGGAGAUGGAGACUCAAGAUGUGGAAACUGUAGACACUGUCACUGACAAGACUUGGGAGGACGAUCUUAUGAAAGGUCCUAACGGCGAGGUAGUCAUGGGAGAAGUCAUGAAGAAUCAGGAAACCACAUCAUCAGACAUGCCGCUGGCCUGUCUCGAUGCCGAAAUGGAGGACGACGAGGCGCGAUCAGAAACGACAUUCCGUUUCACGGUACAGAACUUCAGGAAUUUGAAAGAUUCUGUGUUGUCGCCGGCGUGUUUCGUCCGGAAUCUUCCGUGGAAGAUCAUGGUGAUGCCCCGGCAAGCUCCGUCCCCCGACCGGCAACAACAGAAGUCGCUCGGAUUCUUCCUCCAGUGUAAUGGGGAGAGCGAGUCUUCCAGUUGGUCAUGCUAUGCUAUGGCAGAACUCAGACUUAUCUCCCACAAGCCAGAUACCGAGCCUUUCUUCAGGAAGAUCCAGCACUUGUUUUAUAGCAAAGAGAACGAUUGGGGUUUCUCCCACUUCAUGGCAUGGAACGACGUUUUGGAUCCCGAAAAGGGUUACAUAAAAGACGACGCAAUCACGUUGGAGGUCCACGUGACCGCUGAGGCGCCGCACGGUGUCUCUUGGGACUCGAAGAAACAUACCGGCUAUGUCGGUCUCAAGAAUCAAGGUGCGACGUGUUACAUGAACUCCUUGUUACAAACAUUGUAUUUCACAAAUCAACUACGUAAGGCCGUUUAUAAAAUGCCAACAGAAUCUGACGACAGUACCAGGUCGGUGGCUUUGGCAUUGCAAAGAGUUUUCUAUGAACUACAAUUUUCUGAUAAACCAGUGGGCACAAAGAAACUAACAAAGAGUUUUGGUUGGGAGACAUUGGAUUCUUUUAUGCAACAUGAUGUUCAAGAAUUUCUUAGGGUAUUGUUAGAUAAACUGGAGAGUAAAAUGAAGGGGACUUGCGUGGAGGGAACGGUUCCGCGUCUCUUUGAGGGCAAGAUGACCUCAUAUAUCAAGUGUAAGAACGUCAACGUGUCCAGUACGCGCGUCGAAACCUUCUACGAUAUACAGCUUAAUAUUAAGGGGAAGAAGAAUAUCGAUGAGUCGUUCAAAGACUACAUCAGUACGGAGACUCUAGAUGGUGAGAACAAGUACGACGCGGGGGAACAUGGUCUCCAAGAGGCGGAGAAGGGAGUGAUCUUCGCUUCGUUCCCGCCGGUGCUGCAUCUACACCUCAUGAGGUUCCAGUAUGACCCCAUCACGGAUAGCUCUGUCAAGUUUAAUGAUAGGUUCGAGUUCUACGAGCACAUCAACUUGGACGCAUAUCUUCAAGAGAAGCCGGAGACGCCAGCAGACUACACGUUACACGCGGUGCUGGUACACUCGGGAGAUAAUCACGGAGGUCACUAUGUGGUCUUCAUCAACCCUAAGGGCGACGGGAAGUGGUGCAAGUUCGACGACGAUGUAGUGUCCCGCUGCACGAAGCAGGAAGCCAUCGAGUACAACUACGGCGGCCACGACGAGGACAUGGCGUUGACCGUGCGCCAUUGCACCAACGCUUACAUGUUGGUUUAUAUUAGGGAUUCACAGUUGAAGACUGUCUUGCAAGAGGUCACUCAGGCUGACAUUCCUACAGAGUUGAGCGAAAGGCUCGCUGAAGAAAAGAGGAUUGAAACUAUCCGUCGCAAAGAGCGCAACGAAGCCCACUUAUACAUGAACGUGAACGUAGUACUGGAAGAAGCCUUCGACGGUCACCAGGGCAAUGACCUGUACGACCCCGAGCGGGCGCACUACCGCGUGUUCCGCGUGCGCAAGCAGGCCACCGUCGCCGACCUCAUGGAGAUGCUGGCGGAGAACUUCAAGUACCCGCUCAAGCAGCUCAGGCCCUGGCCCUUCAGUGCACGCUCUAACCAGACCUGCAGACCGACUUGCCUAGACAUCGUCAACGAUCAACACAAGACCGUGGCCGACGUCUCCGAAAACAUGAACCCUUGGAACAUAUUCCUAGAGAUGUUACCUCCCGACUCCGGCUUCAGUGCACUACCGACCUUCGACAAGGAAAAUGACGUUGUACUGUUCUUCAAGUUUUACGACCCAAAACAGAAGCGCAUUCAUUAUUGUGGACAUCACUACUUGCCGAUUGCCAGCAAGCCCGCUGAUCUUAUACCGAUACUCAAUAAGCGUGCAGGUUUCCCUCCUGAUACUCCACUUGUCUUAUAUGAAGAGAUCAAACCUGACUUUGUUGAGAAGAUCAACAACUACAGUGAGCCGCUUGAAAAGACUACGGAGGGAGGGCAUAAGGCGGGCUACCCUCGGGUUGAGUCGUGUGCACGCGGCCAGGUAUUGGACGAGCUGAUGGACGGCGACAUCAUUGUGUUCGAGCGCGCCGACCAUCGACACGAGGACUUGGAGCUGCCUACCUGCCAGGACUACUUCAAGUACAUAUUCUACAAGGUCGAAGUGCAGUUUGUCGAUAAGACUGUUCCUAAUGAUCCUGGGUUUACAAUGGAGCUGUCGAUGCAGAUGCGCUAUGAUCAGAUGGCGCGGGCAGUAGGACAGCGGCUCAAUGUCGACCCCUACUUAAUACAGUUCUUCAAGUGUCAAAACUACAAGGAUACCCCGGGACUUCCACUGAGAUACUCAUACGACGGAAUACUUAAAGAUUUGCUAGUGUACUGUAAACCAAAGUGCCCUAAGAAGUUGUUCUACCAGAUAUUAUCUAUUAAAGUUAAUGAAUUGGAUAACAAGAAACAGUUUAAAUGUUUAUGGGUUGGUCCAAAUUAUAAAGAAGAUAAGGAAUUAAUUUUAUAUCCAAACAAAGGAGGUAAGGUGUCAGACAUCUUACAAGAGGCAGCUAAAGUUGUUGAAAUGUCGCCCGAUGGUUCUGGAACGUUAAGGAUCGUGGAGGUGUCGUGUCACAAAGUAUUACCCGGUCCCGAUCCUGAGCUGACGCUGGACCAGGUCACCAUAUCACCGCCCAGACUCUACAGAAUAGAGGAGAUACCCAGAGAUGAGCUCAAUUUGCAGGAGGACGAGAUAAUAGUGCCGUGCGCACAUUUCCACAAGCAGGUGUACGCGACGUUCGGCAUCCCCUUCUACGCGCGCGUCAAGCACAACGAGCCCUUCCAGGCCGUCAAGGACCGCCUGCAGAAGAAGCUCGACAUACCCGACAAGGAGUGGGAAAAGUACAAUUUCGCUAUAGUGACAAAUGGCAGACCUAACUACAUAAGUGAAGGAGCGACAAUAAACAUUUACGACUUCAGGCCAAGUAGUAACGCGAAUCUGUCCCUUCCAGACGCGACGGCCCGGCCGUGGCUGGGGCUGGAGCACAUCAACAAGACGCCCAAGCGGUCCCGCGUCAACUGCCUAGAGAAGGCCAUCAAGAUAUACAACUGAGCCGCCGCCUCGCUCGCAGCCGCGCGAUAGUACCACACACACAUACAUAUUAUACUUAAUCAUUUCCUACUCUGGACCACUCCAUAAUUUAUUUGGCUUCUUCGUUUAUCCAUGAACUUUAUUCAAUAUGUGUAUUGCUCGUGCAGUGUUACUAUCGUCCGGAUACGCAACAAAUAAUAGCCUUAUCUACUUAUUACGUGCAUCGCUAACACCAAUUUGACUUCCUUUAUCACCCUAUUUAUUCUACGUAGGAAACUGAUUCUGAACGUUAUGUGUAACAGACACUGAGGCCACAGAUUAGUCCUGCUAGAAAAUUGCUUUUAUGAUAAUUUGGAACAGUAGCUUUGUUUGGCCGUCGAGUAAUUGUGUUAGCGUCGACAUCGAAGCAGGAGAAGUCUCGCUGGUAAAGUGACACAAUCGAGUAUUAUCCAUCAUAUUUGUUCAUGUAUAGCGUUAUAAUUUACUUUCUAUCGGUGGCAUUAGUAAGUUUUAUGGUUAUAAAUCACGUUCAUAUUUUAAAUAUUUAAUUGUAAUUUAACAGUAAAUAAAUUAAAUCAACGUGACCGACGAUUGAAACUCAAUGCAGGGGCAUGGUCACGUAGUGUAGCUUCGUAGUAGAGUGCAUGUAUCGGUAAAAUCUAUGUUUAUUUGUAUCGUACGGACAGUACGCUCCAGCGAUUCCAAGGCUCUGUGUCUAACACACCUUCUGUAACCAGUGAGUGAAUCACGUGGCCUCCUACAUCAAGUUAUGUCCACUGCUGUUUGAUUAUGUUUAAUGUACUGAGGCCGGUCUGCGAGCGCGGCUGGGGCGGCGUUGUGCCGCGUGUCGGCGGCCGCCUCGGGAGCCUCGGCCUCGCUCGCCGGCGGUAUUCGGGGUGAUUCGGCAAUGUAAAGCAUUUUCACUGAAUAUACAAGACAACUAUGUUUAGACAUGAAUUUGAAUAGUAAUAAAAUGUGCCUCUGUGUGUUGACGCUUGUUUGAUUAACUAUAUUAACAAACUAGUGUAAUAUAAAGAAGUAUUUACAGUUAAAUUAAAAUCGGCUUGCUGAUCGUUCGUUAUUAUGACAGUAAAGUUUUCAGAAGCUUGUAAUGUUAAAAACUAUUUUAUUAUAAAUGUUGAACAUAGUAAUCGAGUUUGAAUGAAAUGCAUGAUAGUAAUAGUAUAAUAUUCGAAGGUAUAAAAUACAGCCAAUUAAAUAUAAUUCUUAGUGACAUUCAUUUUCAACAAUAGAUGUAUUUGGUGAUAAACGAUAUACGCUUACAUAUAUCCAACACAUUAAUUUUAUAUCACUUUACAAGAUAAAUAAAUUAGCUUGACGAUAGUAACUUUCUUAGACUGCUCAAAAUCCUACUGUUUUGCGUCAUGGGUAUUUGAUGUCAAACAACCAUGAUUGGCAAGUGAAUUUGAAUGUUUAUUGUUUUAAAAAAGAAUAAUUUUGUAUCUACAAUGACGGUAUUGUGAUAAUAAAUAUUAGUGAAGCCUGUACAUAGCUAAUGCACAUACCUUAACAAACGACAAUCAUUGUGGUGGUUUGUGCUUUUCUAUUAAAAAUGUUUAAAAAGACACUCGCUAAAACUCAUGUGUAAUCUGAUUUUAUAGAAAUUAUUGGAGUAUAUUAUAUACGGAAUUUUAAAAUGUUUUAUUGAUUGUCGAAUUGCCAACACCCGGGUGUAUGUUUGAGGCAAAGACGAUAUCAAUUAGUAUACAAUAGACCAGCAAGAUGGCGUAGCGUUUAGCGGCCUCAAGUGUACACUAGGUUUAAUUGCACAUAAUAGAUUUAACGUUAGCACUGUAUUGUUAAUUCUGGCUAAAAGCGUCCGAGCGAUCUAAAGCGAAGCGGUCUACGUGUUACUAUUUUAUUAUUGGUUGAAUCAGAAUCUUUCAUUUUAGAAGAUCAUUGUAAAAUUAUAUUUUGGGGAAAACUUUACUUUUUGCAUGUUUCGUAAAAAGUGUAAGAUGUAGAUAACAAUAUGUCGUGAGGUGUAACCCUCGGCGACUUGGAGAUAAUAUUGCUUAUUAUUGUUAUAUGAAGUGAAAUUAAACACUGGUUUUCCACAAAGUAUAACUUUAUGUAAUGUUACUAUUUAAUUUUUUACUUGACCUGCCAGAGAUAUGUUACGUUUAAAUAAAUGAUUAUGUCGAAAUUAUGUAUAUAUAUGAUGUAAUAAAUUAAGAAAAAAAUACAAUAAGUUUUCGUAAAGAUGCCUUAGACGUUUUAAGACAUUUUUAAUGGUUUGAAAUGAUAAUGCUUAAUUUAAUUUAUACCCUUUUUUAGUUAUUAUUUUGUGUCUGGAGAACGUUAUUCCGCAUCUCGAGAAUAUUAUAUAGAUUGACUAAACGAGUGAGAGCGAUGUCCCCGCGUGUAGAUUGUUUUCUUUCUAAUGUUUCUAUUCAACUCGUUAAUUUUUAUGUUAACAAUGUGUGUUGGUUGCGCUAUUUUCAUUAACAUGGUUUGAGGUACUUUGAAAGAUCUUAGCAACAUAGUGGCUUAGUAGCUGAUACGUGCCGAUGAUAAUAAAAUGUGGCAAAUGGGAUUAUAAUCUAUUAGUUGUUUCACCUAUUCAGCUAUCUUACAAGGUUCGAACCCGUUGCGUAGGCGAGUCUGUAUACAGCUUGUGCAAACAUUGAAAGUACUCCAAUGUUUGUUAUGUUGGAUUUGAAUGUUUCACUGAAUAUAAUCCUAUAUUUGUUUUA